AGACGUAAUCACAGUUGUUAGAACGACGUAGUCAUAAUAGUAUUACAGUAUAUUUACAAUCGCAUACAUACGAUACUAGUAAAAUUAAUUUGUGAUUGGUUCUGAUAUGAUAAACGUGAAUCGUGAUUGGUCGAUAUGAUAAUUCAGGGUAUAGAUAGUGAAGCACGCAUGAAUUGAAUGUGACGUCACCGUCAGUACUCGCGAUCGGCCAUUUUGUGAGUGUGUACUGGAUCAGGAUAUUUGUGUUAAGAAUAUUUUUCAGUAAAACCGAAUGAUUUAGUUUACAAAACGAGACUUGCUUUACUUUUAUUACAUGUGCUAAGAGUGUGGAAUAUUCUUAGAUCUGACAUAGAUUCAUACGAUGGAGGAGAAAGCAUCGUUGAAAGAACUCGACCAGUGGAUAGAACAAUUAAAUGACUGCCGACAACUAACAGAAAGCCAAGUAAAAACUCUAUGCGAAAAGGCAAAGGAAAUCUUAGCUAAAGAGUCCAAUGUACAAGAAGUAAAAUGUCCCGUAACAGUGUGUGGAGAUGUUCAUGGACAAUUCCAUGAUUUAAUGGAAUUGUUCAGAAUAGGAGGCAAGUCUCCAGAUACAAAUUAUCUUUUUAUGGGUGACUAUGUAGAUCGUGGCUAUUAUUCUGUUGAAACUGUUACCUUGCUUGUUGCACUUAAGGUCAGAUACCGAGAAAGAAUAACUAUUUUGCGAGGAAAUCACGAAUCAAGACAAAUCACACAAGUAUAUGGGUUUUAUGACGAAUGUUUACGUAAAUAUGGCAAUGCAAAUGUAUGGAAAUUCUUUACGGACCUAUUUGAUUAUUUACCAUUAACUGCACUAGUGGAUGGUCAAAUAUUUUGUUUACAUGGUGGUUUAUCACCGUCUAUUGAUACUUUAGAUCACAUACGUGCCCUAGAUCGUCUUCAAGAAGUACCACAUGAGGGUCCCAUGUGUGAUCUUUUGUGGUCAGAUCCAGAUGAUAGAGGAGGAUGGGGUAUUUCUCCUCGUGGGGCAGGGUAUACAUUCGGACAAGAUAUUUCAGAAACUUUUAAUCAUUCUAAUGGCCUGACACUAGUGUCACGAGCACAUCAGUUAGUUAUGGAGGGCUACAAUUGGUGUCAUGAUCGUAAUGUUGUAACUAUAUUCUCAGCACCUAAUUAUUGCUAUCGUUGUGGAAAUCAAGCUGCAAUUAUGGAAUUAGAUGAUGCUUUAAAAUAUUCAUUCCUUCAAUUUGAUCCAGCUCCAAGACGUGGAGAACCACACGUUACUAGGCGGACACCAGACUACUUCUUAUAAAGAGUCAAACCCCCGAGUUAACUAUUAAGCAUAUGGGAAAAUUCUAACCAUUUGAGCAAGAUUUCCUUUGUACAAAGCAAAAAAUUGUUCGCGUUGGAUUACUUCUUUUAGUCCAGAAACAACACCUAUACCAAAAUAAUAUUUAAGUUGUGUUUCAUAUAAUUUUUAAAUAUUUGUAUUGUAAUAACAUCAAUCAUUUAUUUUUACCUAAAUGCUU